UUUCUACAGAGGCUACGCGUGUGAAAUUGCCCACGUCAAUAUAAACAUUAUAUUUAACAACGCAAUAUCGAUUGACCUCCUACGAUUUGGGAAUUCAGAUAGGUGUUCUAGAGGAAUGGUUGACAGGCUACGUCUUCUGGCUUGAAAUCAACAACUCCUCCAGAGGGCUGCCUGCUUCCUGCAUCUUUUUUGUUUUUGUUGAAGGAGAAAUAGGCCUGGGAAGUGUACGGACAGACUGUGUGGUGAAAGAAUGCUGAGGUGAGCUGUCAAGGGAUCGUCUCUCCUGGUCCCCCUUACCUCAAAAGACUUCUGCGAAGGAGAAAUAUAAUCAAGGACGUGUUUGGAGGCACCCCUUACUCGGCCUCAUCUGACCCAGUGACAGAUCUGGUGUGAUAAGAGAACACGCAAUCUGCUCCGAGUACAAAGAGUUGGAAAGCCGAGUCAGAGAGGAAGAGGACUUUGAUGGUGUGACGGCAGCCCAGACUCACUAGCUUGUUCACUAGAUGAGCGGGCCCAGAUAGCAGCGGACCCCCGUCUGGCGAUUGAGGCUAGCGCUAAAUGACCAGCCUCAGAUAGCAGGAGGACAUCCGAUCCGAGACGAGAGCGGGAGAGCGACGAGAGGAGGGAGCGGCGUCCGCCAUGAACCCCAGAGACAGCGCGCAGGAGGCGGCCUCGGUCGUCGACAGGCCCCUCGGACCGGCCGAGCAGCCGGACAACGACAACGGCGACGGUGACAUCGACGGCAAGGGCGCGGCGUCGUUCGACUGCAACGUGUGCGGCCGCAGCUUCCCCUUCCAGAGCUCGCUGUCGCAGCACAUGCGACGGCACACGGGCGCGCGCCCCUACAAGUGCCCCUACUGCGACCACCGCGCCUCCCAGAAGGGCAACCUCAAGGUGCACAUCCGCAGCCACAAGCUGGGCGUGCUCAUCCAGCCCGACCCCGACGCCGACAGCGAGGAGGCGGACGAGGAGUCCGAGGAGGCCUCGGGCGAGAGGGACGUCUCCGAGGGGCUGGAGGGGGGCGACAGCCCCACCAAGAGCAGCUCCGCCUGCAACGGGGUGCUGCACGGCGCGGUCGACGGUGAGCGGGCAGCGGCGGGGGGGGCGGGGGCGGGGGCGAAGGCGGCGAGCCGGGGCGUGAAGCGCGAGCGGAGCGUGGACGCGGCGGCGAGGACGCUGCGCUGCCGGCUGUGCGGGCACGAGGUGCAGCGCGAGGACCAGCUGCUCAGCCACAUCGAGAAGGCGCACAUCACGGCCGACGCCGACGACGCCGAGCUGCUCGCCGGCGCGCACGAGGCCCCCCCCCCGGCGGAGCCCGAGACGGCGGCGGUCGCCGCCGCGGAGGAGUUCGCCUGCGACACGUGCGGCCAGGCGUUCGCCUACGCCCACCUGCUCAAGGCGCACGUCAAGAAGCACACGGGCGAGCUGGAGCACCGCUGCAAGAUCUGCGGCCGCGGCUUCCGCGAGGCCUGGUUCCUCAAGAGCCACAUGAAGACGCACAGCGGCACCAAGAACUCGGGCCGGGGCCGCCCCCGGAGCACCGACAGCGCCGAGCCGCCCGCCACCGUCAACGACGUGGCGCAGGACCCCGAGAUCGUGGCGGCGGCGGGCGCCGCGUGCCUCUACGAGCUCUGCUCCAAGUGCGGGCACCUCUUCCGCGACCGCGAGAGCCUGCGCCAGCACGGCCGCGUGCACGGCAAGCAGGCCCGGCGCCAGGCGUCGCCGCGCGACCACGCCGCCGACCACGGAGACUCGCCCGCCGCCAAGAGGCGACUCCUGGACUACCUCGGCCUGCGCUCGACGGUCGAGGACCCGCCGAAGGAGGAGGAGGAGGAGAACUCGGGCAAGAGGGUGCCCGAGUUGGACCCGGUGUGCAGCUACCAGGCGUGGCAGCUGGCGAACAGGGGGAGGCUGGCGGAGCCCGCCGAGCACAACGGGCACUGGGACAGCUCGCUGGCCGGCGCCACCGUGACCUACGACCGGGAGAGCAGCCGCUACGUGCUGGCGGGGCAGGAGCGGAAGCCGAGCCGGCGCGGGAGCUACGGAGGCGUGGCGAUCGGCGGGAGCCAGUCGUCGCCCGGCGAGCGCAGCGCGCCCGACGAGAGCCCCAGCGACUCGGAGUACCGGCCGUCGUCCCGGCAGGAGAGGCGGCGCUCCACGCAGAGCCGCUCGCACGAGUGCUUCGAGUGCGGCAAGGUGUUCCGCAGCCGCCACCAGCUGAGCGUGCACGAGCGCUCGCACCGGCGAGAGGGCCGAGGCUCGGGCGGCGACGCCGACUCGCGCUCCCCCAGCAGGCCCGGCACCCCGCAGAACGACGGCCUCGCCGAGGCCCCCGCCGCCAAGCAGGGAUCACGAGCCACCACAGAGGAGAAGCCGUACGUGUGCAGCCUGUGUGACUUCAUCACUCCCGAGUCCUCGCUGUUCAUCGCCCACCUGCGCCUGGUGCACCCGGAGCCUGGCGUAGCGCAGGAGCCCUCGGCCCCCAAGAGCACCACCACCACCACCACCAACACCACCCAACCCUCCACCAGCAGCUCCAGCUCCAGCACCAGAGGCAGCAGCAGCAGCGGCGGCGGCGGUAGCAGCUACCCCAAGCUGAAGCGCGCUCUCCUCCAGGGCGCGCCCCACUCUCCCUCCCCCAGCCGCUCGCCCUCGGAGGGGCCCCUGGCGCCCAACGCCGUGGUGGCCACCCACGCCCGGCCCCUGACCCCGCAGACCGCCACCGCCGCCGCCUGCGAGCCCGCCGUGGACCUGUGCGUGCGGCCGGAGGGCGCCAGGGGGGCCGCGAGCUCCGCCUCCACCUCCACCUCCGCCGCCUCCGUGCCACCCGGGGGUCUGCCCAGCCACCGCUGCACGUACUGCGCCCACCACACGCGCUACCCCGAGGUGCUGUGGAUGCACCAGAUGAUCGCCCACCGGCUCAACAGCAGCGCCCUGGUGCCCAAGUGGGCGCAGAAGAGCCAGAAGAGCGGCGGCGGCGGCAAGAAGGGGGGCGCGGAGACGCAGCGGCGGCGCACGGGGCCCCCGCCCGCGCUGGAGGGCAAGGAGUGCCCCCCGCUGCCCGCCAACGCCCGCUCGUCCCGCACGCGCCCCCCCGCAGCCUCCACCACCACCACCACCACAACCUCCACCUCCGCCACCACCAACAGCCUGAAGAGAGAUCGUCCCUCUUCAUCGUCCUCCUCCUCCUCCGUCUCAUCGUCCUCCGCUCAGCCUCGUGCAGGGACCUCGGCAGGGGCCGGCAAGACCUCCAGGCCCCCCCCCACCACCAGGCCCCCCACCGCCGCCGCCAAUGCCGCCUCCAGCCGCCAGCGGGGAGAGCCGGAGCAUCCGGAGCCCCCCUCGUCUCGCUCGCGACCCCGCGUCGACCUCUACCCCCGGGUCACCUCGGCGGGAGCCCUGGAGAAGAGCGCCGGCGCCCCCUACAGCUCCGGCGGCGGAAGCAGCAGCGGCGGAAGCAGCAGCAGGAGCAGCAACGCCGCGAGCCCCAAGCCGGGCGCCCGGAUGACUGACCGCUACCUCCUCCCGCAGGAGGGCCUGGGCUUCAUGCUGACCAGCAAGCACGGCUUCAGCGAGUACGGACGGCCCAAGAACGCCUCGCCGUCCCCCCAGACGCACACCAAAACCGCCCAGAGGCCCAAGCCCAAACCCGCCGGACACAGCCAGCCCGCGCACGCCGCCAUCACCUCCUCCUCCGCCGCCUCCGUCGCCAACCACCUGUACGGAGCCUCCCAGCCACAAGGGGGCGCUGCUCUGCUGGGGCUGGGCUCCCAUCACUCGGUGCCGCGCUCGGGGGAGCCCAAGCAGAACACGCUGGCAGCAGGGCCGCCGGACACGCAGCUGGACAUUCUGAGUUUCCUGAAGAACUGCAACUCCCAUGAGCUGGCCACGCUGUACCACCGCUGGGGCAUGGCCAACCCACUGCUGGAGCACACAGGCUUGCUGAGGUCGCUGGCCAGACAAGGGGAGUAUGUGUGCCAGGAGUGUGGGAAGAGCUUCAGUCAGCCAAGUCACCUGCGCACACACAUGCGCUCACACACAGGGGAGAGACCGUUCCGCUGCCACCUCUGCCCGUACCGAGCCUCUCAGAAAGGGAAUCUGAAGACGCACGUGCAGAGCGUCCACCACGUGCCCUUCGACAACGCCCUUCACCUGGAUGCCACCCUCGCCAAGCUGGAGCAGUGCCCGGCCGAGGUCCACACACCUUCUCCUUCUGACCGCUCCCACCAACAACAUCAAGCUGGCCAGCUCCCUCCAAGCCACUGACAAGACCAAUACAGGGAAAACGUGUUGGAAUGAAACCAGGAUCCUUGGAAGCCAAUAGCUAGAUAGUGGAUCUCUAAGUAACAAAUAAAAGUACAUUGUAACCACCGCUACCAACUUGGUUGGAUCCAGGAGUGGUCGGAUCAGUAACUUCAGGACAGAAAAAUGAAGGACAGCAUGCCUGUUACUGACUGAUGAAGGACUUGGCUGACACUGUGAACUAUUUUACUGUUUGGAUUAUUUUAUGCCUUUAAUCAUUGCCCAGCUAGUGCCCUUUUUCCCUUGUUUUUUUUAGAUAAUAAUGAUAAUAAUUUUUAUUUUUCCUUUGAAAACCAAAUGAGCUCACAAACAUGUGUGGCCAGCGGAACCCUUUGAACUCUGUGUCACGGAAGUACUAGUGUAAUGUUUCUGGACAGGCAGAAGGAUUCAAUUCGUCCAGCGUUUGUUUGCAUCACGAUGUAGGACACGAUGUAGUGAUCUACUAUUUCAUGGGGUCCUUAUUUGAGGCCUCAUAAAAAAAAAACGGGGCCUGGAAAAGAAAGUGUGUGUGUGUCUGUGUGUCUCCCUCUCUCUCUGUGUGUGUGUGUGUACAUAAGUGCUCAUUAUGAAAGUGAGAGCUGUUUUAAUGGCUAAUAUAAAUGUGCAUGUGGGCUUAAUGGUCACCUAAUUAUUGUCAUUUUAAAACCGUACCGGUAGAGCUGGAUGUCCUCUUCUCUGAUCCCGAAAGCACACUCAAGCCUUAGUGUUGGGAGGUGAAGACGACACUCUGCAAAUGAGAGAGAGAGAGAGAGAGAGAGAGAGAGAGUUUGUGUGUGUGUGUGUGUGUGUGUGUGGGUGUGUGUGUGUGUGUGUGUGAAGUAGUUCACCUUUUUCUGCUGGCUGAUGCCAUUGAGCACUCUUGAUUUGCCCUAGUUUUUUUUCUGUUGUCCCACCUCCUUUGCAUUAAAGGCCUUUUUGUUGGCUGUUUGGGCAGGUCCAGCAGCUCCUCAGUUACCUAAGGAUCAGAAGCCAUCCGGGCGCAAUCACUUGAGCAUUUCAGAGUGGGCAGACUGGCAAGGCAUGUUGUUUUCUUCCUCUUUGUGAUACAUCACUGUAGAUUAUGUGUGCAUUUUAUUUUUAUUUUUAUUUUAAUUUUUUUGCUUUGCUGGCCUUGCGUGACUUCAUGCAUGCCAAAUGCCUCCUUAUCAAAGCAGAGAGUGCUCUGCUCACUGGGGUCUACAGAAAGGUGCACCAAAGCUCAGUCAAGCCACAGUUUAGAGCCCUGUUUCUCCUGAACCCCCAUGAGCUGCCUUGUUUAGCUGUCCACACUUCUGCUUUUGUUUCUUUACACAUGACAAGCGAAUAAUGUUGAUUAAUCAAUAUCCUUGCUGUGGUCAUUUCAUACCUAUUGCUCAGGAUGAGGUGUGUGUGUGUGUGUGUGUGUG